AUGGUUAAGGAAACAAAGCUUUACGAUUUGUUGGGAGUGGCCCCACUGGCCAACGAAAACGAGAUUAAAAAGUCCUACAGAAAAAUGGCUCUCAAGUACCAUCCAGAUAAACCUACUGGUGACACCGAAAAGUUCAAGGAGAUCUCCGAAGCCUUUGAUAUUUUGUCCAACGGUGACAAGAGACAAGUUUAUGACGACUAUGGUUUAGAAGCUGCCAGAGGUAAUGCUCCAGCUGGUGGUGAAAACCCAUUUGCUGGUGGUGCUCCAGGCGGAGGAGGCACUACUUUCUCCUUCGGUGGUGGAGGUGGAGGCCAUCCGUUCUCCCAGUCCGAUGCUUUCAACAUUUUCUCGCAGAUGGGUGGCUUCGGUAUGGACGAUGGUGGAUUCAGCUUCGGUGGAUCCGGAUUUGGUGGUAACUCUGGAUUCGGUGGUGGCGGUGGUGGCUUCGGCGGUAUGCCAGGCAGCUUUGGAGGCGGCGGAGGUGGCCGCUCUCGUCGUCCAGAACCAGAUACCGUUUCAAUCUCAUUGCCAUGUACCCUAGAAGAGUUGUACACUGGAGCUGUCAAGAAGAUGAAGCUUAGCAGAAAAUCCGCUGACGGUUCAAGAGAAAGCAAGAUCUUGGAGAUUAAGAUCAAGCCUGGCUGGAAGAUCGGUACCAAGAUCAACUUCAACAACGAAGGUGAUUACCAGCGUGAAUGUCAAGCCAGACAGACAGUCCAAUUCAUCAUUGAGGAAAAGCCACAUCCAGUCUUCAAGAGAGAGGGUAGCGACUUGACAGCUACUGUUAAAUUGUCAUUUAAGGAAGCAUUGCUCGGGUUUGAAAAGGACAUCACUACCUUGAGCGGUAAGAAGAUCAACGUUUCCAGAUCUCUUCCUGUGCAGCCAUCCUCCACAAACAGAUAUCCAGGCCAAGGUAUGCCAAACUCCAAGGACCCUAAUGCACACGGUGAUCUUAUCAUCAAGUACAAGAUAGAUUUCCCUACAUCGUUGCUGCCAGCCCAGAAACAGGCCAUUCAGAGUGCAUUUUAG